AGAGAAUUCAAUGGUUCAGACACACUAGCAGGUACUGUAGAGCUAUUAUAAAAAUAUAUCAACACAAUUCAAUAUUUAUCGGGGUUUUAAUAGCCGGGGCAGAGAGGUGGCUGAAGAUACGCAUUCCAUAUAAGCUUCUACUGAGCGACAACAGCAGAAAUGUUUUCUCAAAAUCCAUCUGUUGGUAAAAAGGACGACAAGGGGAGGAAUAUUCAGGUUGUUGUAAGAUGCAGACCCUUCAACAAUGCAGAACGUAAAGCAUCUUCUUAUAGUGUUAUGGACUGUGACUCUGGAAGAAAAGAAAUUCUUGUACGUACAGGAGGUGUUGGAGAUAAAACGCUCAAGAAGACCUACACCUUUGAUAUGGUUUUUGGGCCUUCUGCAAAACAAAUUGAAGUGUACCGCAGUGUGGUGUUUCCCAUUUUGGAUGAAGUUAUCAUGGGAUACAACUGUACAGUAUUUGCAUAUGGGCAGACUGGAACUGGAAAAACAUUCACAAUGGAAGGUGAAAGGUCUCCCAAUGAAGAAUUUACAUGGGAAGAGGACCCUCUGGCUGGUAUCAUUCCUAGAACUCUGCAUCAGAUCUUUGAGAAGCUGACUAGCAAUGGAACAGAAUUCUCUGUCAAAGUGUCCUUGCUAGAGAUUUACAACGAGGAGCUUUUUGACUUGCUGAGCCCUUCGACUGACGUUAACGAGAGGCUACAAAUGUUUGAUGAUCCUCGUAAUAAGAGGGGUGUUAUUAUCAAAGGACUGGAAGAGAUUUCUGUACACAACAAGUAUGAGGUUUAUCAGAUUCUGGAACGUGGUGCGGCUAAGAGGAAGACUGCAUCAACCUUAAUGAAUGCUUACUCCAGCCGCUCGCACUCCGUCUUUGCAAUUACAAUUCACAUGAGGGAGACCACUGUUGAUGGAGAAGAACUUGUCAAAAUUGGCAAACUGAACUUGGUUGAUCUUGCCGGCAGUGAGAACAUUGGUCGCUCUGGAGCUGUGGACAAAAGGGCACGAGAAGCUGGUAAUAUCAACCAGUCACUCUUAACUCUGGGCAGAGUGAUCACAGCCCUUGUGGAGAGGACCCCUCACAUACCAUACAGAGAAUCCAAGCUCACUCGUAUCCUUCAGGACUCUCUUGGAGGUCGCACGAAGACGUCGAUCAUCGCCACUGUUUCCCCUGCCUCUGUCAAUCUGGAGGAAACCUUGAGCACACUGGAUUAUGCUAACCGGGCAAAGAACAUUAUGAACAAGCCUGAGGUAAACCAGAAACUCACCAAAAGGACACUCAUUAAGGAAUACACUGAGGAAAUUGAACGCCUUAAACGUGACCUUUCAGCAGCUAGAGAGAAAAACGGAGUGUAUAUUUCUUCUGAAAACUACGAUUUUAUGAACAGCAAAAUAGUAACCCAAGAUGUGCAGAUUUCUGAGUUCACAGAGAAGAUUGCAGCAGUGGAAGAAGAAAUGAAACGGGUUUCUGAGCUAUUUAUAGAUAGUCAAAAGGAGCUUGAGCAAUAUUCCUCAAAUCUGCAAGAAAAGGAAAAAGAACUUGAGAUGACUCAAAACAAUCUGCAGCACACCAAGCAGAAGCUGUCUGAGGAGGUGUUUGUCGUCUCAGCCUUGAAGACCACUGAAGAAGAGCUUUAUGGAGCUGCGGACCAGUUGUUAACCACAGUUGAUGUGAGCACCAAAGAUGUAUCUGGACUGCAUGCCAAAUUGGAUCGGAAAAAAGAAGUUGAACAACAUAAUGCCAAAAUGCAGGAGAGCUUUGCAGCUCAGAUGGACAGCCUGUUUAACCAAAUGCAGAAAUCUGUUGAACAGCAGAGCCUUAAGCAUCAGGGCAUGCUUGAGUUCUACACCACUUCGGUUGGUGAUCUUUUAAAUGCCAAUGCAACAGCCUUCAGUGGUACACUAUCCACUGUUGCCAAGUCUUUUACAAGCCUCAAAGAGAUCGUCAACACUGAAGUGGCAAAAAGUCUGGACACAAUGCUGAAGCAGGAGUCACUGUGUGAAGAAGCAAAGAGCAGUCUUCAGAAGUGCAUGGAAGAGCAUAAGGCUGAAAUGGAGGAAAUGCUUCUAGCAAGGCUUCUGCCUGGAAUUAAUUCUGUACUGCAGCUGAACAACCAUCUGAAACUAACUUUGCAGAGUCAUUCAGCAUUGGCAGAAAAGGUGGAGACCAUGAAACAGGAGAUGAGCACGUUCUUCAGUGAACACGGACAGGCUCUCACUAAAGUGCGUGAAGACACUGCCACAAUGCUGACCUCUCUCCAGGCAGACCAUGAUGCUUUGAAGCAAGAGGUCAACAAAGCAAACGACAAGCACACAGAGGGCAUGUCCCAAGUGAUUUCAUGUCUACAAAAUCAGUUGAAUCUUUUGGCUGUGGAGACUCAGCAGAAUUUUAAAAGUGUGUUGAAUAAGACUGAAGGACUGCAAGCUUCAACGGGUUCUUACCAGCAAACCAUGGAGCAGCAUUGUAUAAGCACAGUGGAGAGUGUUAAUUCUCAGCAAAACAAGUUUGAGUCCUCGUCAGAUAACUUGAUUAAAGAGAUCCGGCAAGCAUCCAGUGAGGGGGUGAAAGUCAUAGAGGAGUCCACUGGAUACUGCACACACUUGAGUACUGCUGUUGCAAGCCUGAACGAAGAAACUGAGAAAUGGUGCAGCUGCACAAACUCCAACAUUGUGUCCUUUGCAGACAGGCAGCUUUCCUUCCUGAAUGGGAACAGAUCUUUAGUUCAGAAUUUACAGCAGGAUGUGGUCAGGAGUUGCGACUCCCUAUCUACCGAGGUGACUGAUCAGAUAAGAAGGCAGCAAGGCUCUGCAGAGAGUGCACUGAGUGCCCUUGUGGAACAGGUUGGGAGUGAUAAGGAGAUGCUUAUGGAUCACAAGAUUGAGCUUGGGGACCAGGCACAGGAAGGCUUGCAAAAGGUUUUAAGAUUUCUGCAGGAGGAGCUCAAGCAGGAUGUUCCAACAGGCACCACUCCACAGCGCAAAGAAUUCUACUACCCAAGGACCUUUUCUAAAACCAGACCACGGGAUGUGCUGCUUGAGCAAUUCAGACAAGAGCAACAGGAGCUGCAGGCUGCUUUUAAUACGUUUGAGCCUGUCCAGGAAGAGCAAGUUGAUCAGGACUCCUUGGAAGAUGAUGCAGUAAAUGGUUCCAAUGAAAGCAUGUUGAGUGAAAAGUCCUGUGUUGAUGAUGGUAUAAUGUGCUAUGAGAAUGGAAGAGCCCCUUUCUUCAAGCGCAAGAAGAAUCAGAAAAAAGAAAAGGAAAACCAAGCAUCUACCAGCUUGCUUGAUAAAUCAAAAACAUCAGAGCCAAUGGAGCACUCCAUGACCAGGUCUAAAUUACCCCUCCGGUUGCAGAACUAAAGGAGCAAGCUUUUUUUUUUUAUUAUUAUUCAUUAUUCCAGAAGAUUGUCUCUUUCUUUUUUCUGUUUUGUAUUUUAUACUUUUCUUCUACAUGUGUUUUUAGUCUUCUGUCAUCCUGCUUGAAACUAAUAUACUUUACUUUAAAAUCUAGAUGUUGUGCAUUUAAUUGUAAAACUGGAAUUAAAUGAAAUGUGUUUGUAAAGUACUGUACUUUUUAAAAAUAAAAUUGAAGACUUUUCAAAAAGAUAGAUCUGGUUAUUUACAUAGCUGCCCAGGACCAAUUUGGGGUGCUUUUUUCCCUUAUUUUUAGCUUUAGUUAACUGUUUUGGUCAUUUAUGAGCAAAACAAUUCAUGAAAAACUGUAUUGCUUACUCUAAAACUUGUACUUGGUUGGUUAAAAACAAAUGUGGGAGUCUCCUUUUAUAUAAUAUGCAUUGUAUAUAACGGUAUUUUACAUGUAAUGUUUUUGUUUCUUUUUCCACCUCCUUUAUGUAUAUUAAUGGCUAAAGGUUACACCUGUUUUAUAGUGAGACUUAUAAUGUUAAGGUCAAACACCCUGGUUUCUGUUGUGUUGUAGAACCUGUUAGUUGGAAAUUAAUUAAACACAUUUUCUGUUGUAUUCUCGCUGUGCAAUAAAUAUAUUUAAUAAUGUUUGCAGUACAGAGAGGAGACCUGCACUGAACUUAAAAUAAUGAAACCUUUUGUUUACCCUUUUACCCGAGCCACAAAAUAAAAUAUAU